AUGAGAAGAAUUUGCAAAGAAUUCAAUCAAGUAAUCGACCAAGAAUUGCAGUGGAAGGAAAUAGUAGAGUCAAGAUUAGGCUUCUCACCAAUUCCUCCAACAAGUUUGGUUACAGUUGAAAGGGAAAAUGAAUUUUGGAGGGAGUUCUUCAUUAACAAGAUUGCCAGAGGAAAGUAUUCGUGUAUUGGUAAACCAAAGAAAGAAGUUUCGCAUUGGAAAGGAAUAGACCAAGAGAAUGAACAGGAGUCAUCAGGUUUGUUGAUUUAUUACUUUGUCGAAUCCUUGACAAAGCAGUAUUGUAGCAAGUUGUUUCCUCAAUUCAAAUAUUCUAUUUCUAAUAGGAGUGAGGCGGAAAUUAAUUCUUCUAGUGACAUUGAGGAGCCUGAGCAAAUUUAUUGGGGAAAUGCAUUUGAAGAUCAAAAACAAGGUUUCUCUGUUCAGAAUGCAGAUGAUUUGAUUGCCAUUGGUGAAUCCAAAGUUGGUGGAUCUCCUGAUUUACCAAAGGGAAUGAAAUGGCCAAAGAUUGAGGAGAAAUUCAUGUUUGGAGCUCAGAUCAAUCUACAACAUUUGGCCUAUUAUGAUAGAACCAAUUCAAUUGUUCCUCAGGAAGGUGGAAUGCUCUAUUUCUUUUGUCCAGAAGAAGCUUCAGGAUGUGGCAAUUAUUGUAAUCCAAACAGUUCGAAACCACAACCUGUUAUUUAUGUUACUGCAAAGCAAAUUAAGGAAAUGGGUGGAUUGGAAAGAAGAAAUGGUGAGGGUUCUUCCUACUGCCAUGCUGCUAAACUCUUGUUCCACAAUGAUGAAUUUAACCCUCGAUAUAGAACACAAAUGGUGUUCGGAAAGGAAGAUUUCAACUCUGAUAUUGAUAUUUAUGGUGAUGAAGAAGAGGAAGAAGAGGACGAAGAAAAGGAAAAGGAUGAAAAGAAUCAUAAUGUUGAUUAUGAAACACAAUUUUUGCUAAUGUCCAUCUUUUCAGGAGAUCAAGAACUAGUGUCUGGUGAUGGCUACAUGUGGGAAUGGGGUAUUCCAAAAGGAUUGAAAGGACAACAUAUUUUCACAGGAUGUGCAGUUUGUAGUGGAGAUCCUUAA